AUGCCGAGAAAGCUGCGCAAAUCCGUCCGGGGAUAUCUUUCCAAGAUCAAAAGCGCCAAUUCUGCCCUCCAUUUCUCUUCCAGCUCCUUCUCUUCACCCAAGAGCUGGAUUCUCAGAGGCUGCAAGCACGUCAAGACCCUUUCCUUCUCCGGCGUCGAUAACCGCCGCCGGACCAACAAUAGCAACCAGAACAAGGACGUCGCCGCAGCUACACUCGAUGACGUGGACCAGUUCCUCUUCGACAAUUUCCGGUCGCUGUACAUCAAAGACGACGACGACGACGAUGAACAAGAAAAAGAUUCGCGUCCAACAAAGACCGUUGAGGCAGACGGUCAUCAUUUGCAACGGAGAGAUGAUGGUGGCAAAAAGAGCUUCUCGGUUGACCCGCCAGCCAAACGGUCCAACCGGUUAUUGAUCCGACCGGCUGGGUCGUCCUCAUCCACCUCCUUGGCCGAUGAAACCGCACGGUCGAGCCAGAGGACCACGACCUCAUCGACCGACGAGAUGGCCGGUUCGACGAUGUCCAACACUCUGACGUCCUACUCCGGCAGGAACAAUCACGACCGUGACUCCGCGGCCGAGGCGCUUCCCGAGGACUGCAUCGCCGUGCUGACGUACACUCGGGCCCCGCAGGACGAGUUCGGGCGGUCCAUGCAGGAGAUGGUGGCGGCGAGGAUGGAGGACAAAGGGAGCGUUGACUGGGAGUUCAUGGAGGAGCUGCUCUUCGCCUACUUGAACUUGAACGACAAGAAGUCGCACAGGUUCAUAUUGAGUGCUUUCGUGGAUCUCAUCGUCACGUUGCGGCCGGCGGCCGGGGAAGGAGCCCCGGCGAGGGCGCGGCGGUGUCCCAGUGGGAGAGGGAUGUUGUUGAAGAGGCCAGGGGCCGAGUCCCAGAAGUGA